AGUCGGUCCUGACGCACGGACGCUCCUCUCCUCUCCGGAGCCGCGCGCUGAGAUCAGUCUGCCGGGGAGAGAGCCACCAUGUCCCGGCAGGACAUGGUAACUUCAAUGUUCUUUUUUUACUGAGAAAAACUCAGGACUUUUAGCCGUAACAAGGUCAUCUGUUCGGACUGAGCGUAUUUAAGUGAGAGCUGAUGCGCAGCGACGGGAGCGUUGAGGAUUUCUGGAUUUUGCAUCAGUUUCCAUACUUUUGAUAGAUUCAUUCAAAUGUGUUGAGAACUCUAAGGACUACUUUUAUCUCUUUUACUUUUUGACACAAACACUAAGACUUUUGGACACUUUAUUACAACUUGUUUGCGUUGGAGAUGGAGCCGGAGGAGGGGAAGCUCUCAGUGUGGGUCUGCCGGGAGGAGAAGCUCGUCUCCGGGCUGACGAAGCGCACCACCUGCGCAGAUGUGGUCAGAGUCCUGCUGGAUGACCAGAACCUGCAGCAGGGGGCCGCGGCCGCGAUGCUGUCCGGAGCCCCGCAGUCCUACUGCGUGGUGGAGAAAUGGAGAGGCUUCGAGAGGAUUUUACCCAACAAGACCAAAAUCCUCCGGCUAUAUGGCGCGUGGGGGGAAGAGCAGGAGAAUGUCCGAUUUGUCCUGGUGAAGAACGAGGCUUCGCUACCUAAUAAUGGACCCCGCAGCGCUGAGGCCCGUGUGGUCCAGAGCCGGGAGAGCGGCGGUCCGGGCGGGGGGCUGAAGGGCACCGCCAAGACCUGCUGGACCGCUGCGGCCACCGCGGCCAACCUGACCCAGGACAAGCAGAGGCGCAUAGUCAGGAAGGCUUUCAGGAAGUUGGACAAGAUGAACAAAAAGAAGGAUCAGACUGUCCCCAAAGAUAAGGGCUCGGUGGAGAAGAUGGAGACGCUGGUUCAUCUGGUGAUCUCCCAGGACCACACCAUCCGGCAGCAGGUCCAGAGGAUCAAGGAGCUGGACCGGGAGAUCGAGCGGUACGAGGCCAAAGUGCACUUCGACCGCAUCAAGAGACAUGGGGUGAACUAUGUGCAGGACACAUACAUGGUGGACGCCUCCUCGGAGGACACUGCCGCCUCUGACUGUAAGCGCAAAGCCGAGCGGCAGGACGCGCGGUGCACGGAGGAGGCGGUGGCGCAGUUCGAGGAGUAUGCGCUGCGGUGCGAGGAGGUGGUGCGGCUGCAGGAUGAGGUGACGGAGCGGGAGGCGCUGGUGGAGUGCAUCACCGGGGAGAUCCAGGAGGAGCUCAACAGGCGGUGGAUGAAGCGGCGUCGGGAGGAGAUAGGAGCGGAAGCGGCGAAGGACACGGACAGCCUCGCGGAGGAGAUGAGCCUGGCUGCCUCUCCAGCUGUGGAGGAAGAUGUGGAUAGUUCGUCUGAGAAUGAGUUUGUGUUGGAGGAGGAGAGGAUUAAAACGCAGUUGGACACCAGCUUGUACAUCGGGCUGCGGUUGAAGACAGACCUGGACUCCACCAGGGGGGACUUGGACCUGAGUUUGGCGCUCUGGGAGACCAGGGAGAGUGAACUUCUGGACCUACUGGCUAAAGUUGAGACCAUGGAGAUAGAGCAGGUGACUGAGGAUGGUGAGGCAGAGCUGGGGCCAGUGAGCAUUGAAGCUGAGCCCCCAGAGGAGAAGAGCAGCGUUUGGGUGGAGCAGGCCAGAGGUCUCUCCAAGACCUGCCACACCAACGACGAGGACUCGGACACAGGCUUGAGCUCCAUGCACAGCCAGGACUCUGACAACCCCCCUGUGUGCGAGUCACUGGUAUAGACUUUGUGAAGCAUGUUGGAUUAAACUCAGGGGCAGAGAAUCAGUGUUGGCUAUAGAGUGGUGCAGUGAUGACGUGUUUUUGUAGUAUAUCCCGGAAGUUAGCAUCGCAAGGGCUCCUACAAUAAAAAACAAUGGGCAUUUUCCAUUGGAUAUUGGAUGGAAUAUUGAAGAAAAUAAGAUAUGUGGCAAACACACAUUCAUGAAAUGUACACGUUUUGUUCAGCAGGAUAAUCUCCACAUAUUAACACCAUAUUGAUAGUUGAAGUGUAAAUGCAAACGGCAGAAGUAAAAAGCUAACGUUAGGCCAUUUAUAAACUAAGUUAAGCUAACGUUUGGCAUGUUGACAUUUAGUAGUCUAAUUUAGCCACUUUUGUAAUACAUGUAAAAGCUUCAGACUAUCACCAGUGGGCUAUUUACUGACUUAGUUUGUGUCGUAAAAACAAAGCAUGAAAGUCUCGUAAACCUCUAUCGUUUUCGGAAAUCUAACCAAAAACAUAGGCUAUUUAAAAAAAAAUACUUCAAGACGAGGGUGGGCAAUAUUGCAAAAACGUAUUUCAGGGUUUAGGACUCAUUCCUGCACCACUCUAUACUGGGAGAUGUUUCCCAAAAUGCACCUCAACACAGAUCAUUCUACAGCAAUAAUUCCUAAAAGUAGUUGCACAGUAAGCUUGGGGGGUCAGCAUGAGUAGAGAGGGGAAAUACGGCCAUGCUGCUCCAUAGCUCACCUCCAUGAGGAGAGUCAACAGAGUAAGACAAAUAGCCCAUAGGAGUAUUAUAAUAAACCACUGAUAAUCUGUAGUCUUCAUCGAGAAACUUACUUCAAAGUAAACUCGACACAGAGAGUUAAUAACAGCUUGCUUAUGUCAGGACACAUUUUGCUGAAGCCGCUAAAAGGGAGAGACUGAGUGUUACACUCUGUAAGUACAGGUUUCCUUUAAAAGGUCAUAAGUAAUUGUAGCUUAAAGCACAGAGAAGUACUGCUAGGUCAACUCCAAAAUGCUCUUUGGAUCAGACAAAAGCACAAUUAAUGUCAGUUCACCUCAGCCUGUUCAAAACAACAUUGAAAUGUACAAUCAAUGGCAAGGUAAAGUCUUACUUAACUACUAUGCUAGGUCCUAAACUGUUGGGAACCACUGAUUAAGAGGGAAAAAACAGUCCACAGAAUAUUCAUAAAGAUAUAAGUUCAGAGCAAAAACAAAUGUGCGCUUUUUAAAAGAUGUAGUCCAGUAUUUUACUUCCAUAGAGGAGACUUACAAAACACAAAAACUAAUAAAUACAAUUCAAGCAGACAGCCUAAAUGUUAGUUCGUAUGGAUCGAGCUCCAAAAACACUGAAAAUGCACCCAUAAUGCAAAUAAUUCACACAUUUCACUUUUAAAUCUGGCUUUCUGUUAAAAAUGAUACAUCUGAAGUUAUGGCUUUAGGUGAACAUUAGAUAACUGAGAAUUUCAUUUAUUAUAUGUAACAGCUUUCACCGCUGAGUACACCAACAUUCUGAUGGUGGCUUGUUUCCCUGAAAAGCAUCUUCCUUAACCAUAAUCAAGGAGCAGGCCACGUUAAUACAAGAAGUUAUUUCCCUAAAGGACGGUUUACAUAAAUUCAUCUGUAAGAAAACAAACACCAGGAAUACAAAUGUGAGACUGCACAUUCGAUCGCUACAGUUUAGUCUUAUCUGUCUAUUUAACAAAUGUAUGGAACAAUCUAUGGAAAGCCAAGAAGUCCAAAAACGACAUAACAUUUAAAUUAGAAGCAGUCAUUUGUCAUACUUUACUUCCUUCAUGAGGCAUUAUGAUCCUCAAUAAUGUUACCUUGUUUUAUCUAAGUCAAUCUGUGAGUAAAACACCUGUAAGAUUACAUUUUAAGAGAAAUUACCCCAUUUAGUCAGACCAAAGCCUCUGUAUCUCUGAACACUGACAUUAAGAAGAACUAUUUUAAGCCCCCGCUCACUUUCUACAUCCUGGAAAAAGUUGCUGUGUUAGCUGUGCUUCCUUAUUAACUUUUCCAGGAACUGCAACAGAAAACAACACGAAAGCUACCACAAUAAAUUAUUUUAAGAUCAUCCUUCAGUUAAAUCCCUCUGUAUGUUUGUCCGACUGCAUUGAUAUGAAUCGUACAUGUUUGUCCAACUGUAAAUGAAUGAAUAACAUAGAAGAGACUGAUGAUACUGUUUCUGUGGCUUUAGCUGUUAGCUUUAGCCAAAUACUAGCUCAUAGCUAAUUUAUGUAGCUUGUUCAGGGAGAGUUUGGGCCUCUACGUACAUGAAAUUCAGCUAAAUGGCUCCAAAUCAGCAACUCUGAAGCUACAGCAGAGUGUUCAGAUGCUCUGUGGCUACACCGUGACGCUAACAAAACUACACAUGACUGUUAGUGUUGAAAUAAAGAGUAAAACCUACGUGGCUUGUAGUGUGGCUUCAUUUAGCUCACUUAGCUUGUUUCAUAGCAUUAUUACCUGUUAGCAGCUGAGUUAACAGAGUAACACCUCAGUUAAAGGUCACCUAUUAUGCAAAAUCCACUUUUUCAUGUCUUUUAUACAUCAACAUGUGUCCCGUCCGUGUAAAGAGAUUCUGAAAGUGUCAGAAAAAAGAUCCGCUCUCUUCUUGUCCUGAUCCAUUUAUAUAAAAACCUGUCUGAAAAUGA